UAGUUGCGCAUGAGGCAGGGAGGCUCAUGGACGUCGCCAAGAGCGACGACGUUGCUGCAAAGCGCAAGCUGCAGGCGCUGCAGGCGCUGAAGGAAGCAAGGGAUCUCGCCAUGCGCUUCCCGGGCUCGGCGCGUGCGCGGUUAUUGGGCCCCUUCCUAGAGCUCGAGUAUAUGCUUGCCGUUUCCCGGGAGCAUAAGGAUCCUUCCUGGAGCAAUGGCGUGGAACGCCUUGUCUGCGAUGCAGUAGGAGCAGCCAAGGAAUUCCCCAAUUCUACCGCUGCUGCUUUGUUUCAGGCGCGACUUCUGUUCGUUUGUGGCAAUCACAUUGAUGCAGAGGGCGAGUGCCACCGAGCCCUUGCACUGCAGCACCCUACAGAUCCUGUGGAAGAUUGCAUUCCGACUGGAUCCAUCAGAGGAGAGGAUCCUCAAAGCAGGUUGAGUUCGGUAACUAGGCUGUUCCGUGAUUUACUUGACAAGAUCCUGCAGUCUGCUGAAUCAUACUGGGAAAACUGUUUGACAUCUGAGAAGAGGCAGAGUUUCUUGUCCGUGAGAAUCGAUGCGCUAGAGAACAAGUGCAAGAUGGUUGAACACUCGUAUGAUUUCAGUGUAUCAAGCGCCUGUAGGUUCUUCAAGGAGCAUAAGUCUUGGAGGUCCUGGGUGUGUCCCCUCUGCAGUGGAAAGCAUACAAGCACUAGAUUGCUCCUAAAGCACAUGGUGAAGAGACAUUCGCGGUCAGUAUUGCGGAGGCUACAGGACAUUGUAGAUCCGACAGUUGAGCCAGAGAGCGAUUGUCUCCUGGAAGGUUUGUUGUUGUGCAAGGACUCGGAGAAUCAUGAUACCAUCUGCUUCAAAGAAAGGGAUGAGAUGUUCAGAUUACUUUUCUUGGAACCGAACCGUGGAGAAGUAGCAAAGCCAGUGGACAAAUUUCAUCAAGACCAGCAGAGCCAAGGAACUCUACUCGUGGAGAACAUCAAGAAGAACAUGGUGAAUUUGCCUACGCAUAAAUCCGCAACAUAUGAGUCAAGUAACCUGCAAGAAAUCAGAGAGCUCUGGCUCCAGUUCCUCGAAUGUGCUGUUCUGGACUAUGGCAAAUCCAUCGUGACACUGGCGCGCUCAUAUCUUUGGGAUGAAUUUAGAAAAUGUAUGGCUGGAGAUAGAGAAGCCCUACGUCAAAAGAUCUCUGCGGAUGACAUUGAGACCACCUUUUCCAGUCACAGUGCUGUUGAUAAAGAGACAAUGAAAGAGGAAGUGCUCUAUCAAACAGGAGAAACACCAACUCUUACUGCUGACCAAGAUACUCGCGACUCCCCAAGUUCAAACUCUCAUGACAUCAAUUUGGUGGAUAUUAUCCUCAGGACAUUAUGGUGCAUGGAGCCUCUCCUUGAUGAAGUUAUGAAGACAAAGCCUAUCUGCUCCAAGCAUGGCCACGGUGAACCAUGUGUCGGUGUCAUCGUUCACAAGAUCUUACACUUGUGGGAGAAGGCAGAAGAUCACCAGCAACAACUGCUCCCUCUAGCCAACACAGUGUGCAGAACCUUGGAGGAUGACAAUUGCUUUGACGAGCGGCAGGACAGAAGCAAGCGUGUAUCUGACAUCACAGUAGCCAUUCUUAAUGGACUACACUUGCCAGAUGUUUGUUUACAACUUGGAAUCAUGUCUGAUACCAUGAGGCCAGAAACAGAAGCUUUUGUUUGCAAGUAUCAUUACCCUCCUGCUAUGAAGCCCAUGAGGCCAAUGGGUUGUGGUUGCAAAACAUGUUCACCUGGACAACUUAAUGCAGAUCCAAGCAAGGUCGAGCACAUAUGCAAACAGUGCAGUUCUGCUGCUCUGAAGGACCCAUACUCAGCUGUUGUCAUACAUUGCUCAAUGAAGAUGGAGGUUCAGCAAUCACUGGCGGAAAUAUGGGAUGAUACUCUUCAACCUCUGAUGACAUUUGAGUACAACCAUGGCACAAUAUUUUACGGCUUAGCCGCAAUGGUAUUACGAGGAAGGGGAAUAUUGUUUGAUAUGAAUAGCCAUGAAAAGCUGUGCAUGGUUUUCUGUUUUGAGAUGCACACACAGUAUCUUAAAACCCAACUUGGAUUCACCGAUAUAUUGAAAAGGCCGUAGAGAUGUGCUGUGUUUUUCCGUGGAAUGUUGGAAUCGCAUGAAGUAUGAAUUGAGGAUAUUAUUCCGAAGUCACAUGAGAAUAUAUUUUAAGGCCAAGGUUAAAGGAGAAGGACAAACUUGCAGAUAUCUUCCCAUCUUAUAUGCACAUGUGCUAAUAUAUUCCUGCACAUAUCCAAGUAUAAGCCACCGGAUAUUAUUUCUUUACAGAUAUGCUAUGUGGACAAUGAGCCCGUUGGCAUUGCUCGAUGUGAAAGUAGAUGGGUUAUGUAUGAUGCACGCAGAGAAAUCAACAGGUGUGAAGUGCCCUGGGAGGAUUUGUUUGCUAUGUGCAGGGACUGCACUCCAGCAAUUCUAUUUUACGAGGUCAUCAAAUAGAUUGACUGAGGUAGUCCAGGUUGCCCUAGACCUGUUCCUGGUUCGUGCGCUCUGUACUCCUUCACCUGAAGAUUGAGAUUUGUUGAUUAUAAUGAUUUCUGAGAAUGCCCCUCUGCUCGUGCGAUGCCUGACAAGGAGGGUAAUAUGAUAAGCUGAGAUGGAGUAAACCGUGACGCGGCCUGCGUGCUGAUUGGUGGAAAACCCUCCGGGGCCACUUGUAAUGUGUGAGCAAGAGACCGAGUCGAAGCCUCCUUAGUACAGUAUUAAGAUGGGUUCUCUGUCCUGUAGCGUUCAGGUUGCCUGUAAACAUAUAAUGUACUCUGUCUCUCGUCUACCAAUCUCUGUUUCUCA